CAAAGGUUCAGAGGGGAAGCCAUUGGAUAUAAAGAGAGAAAUUGAACACAUCAACUCUCCUCCUCCUCCUCCUCCAUUUGUUUGGUCAAAGCAACAAACAAUGGGGAAUUGCCAAGCAAUUGAUGCUGCAACACUAGUCAUACAACACCCAAAUGGCAAGGUAGACAGAUUUUACUGGCCUAUCACUGCUAUUGAGCUCAUGAAGCUGAACCCAGGUCACUAUGUGGCUCUUCUUCUCUCCACAGCCUUGUGUCCCUCUGCUGAUCAAUGCAGCAACACUACAAUCAAACAAAACCCAGUUCGGGUAACCCGGAUUAAGCUCCUCAGACCCACUGAUACUCUUGUUCUUGGACAAGUUUAUAAGCUCAUCACCACCCAAGAAGUGAUGAAGGGCUUGUCUGCUAAGAAAUUUGCAAAGAUGAAGAAGACCCAGUCAGAUUCUGCAGUGAAGGUUGAAACAAGAAGAUCUGAACAGGAAGAAAAUCAGGUGACCAAACAGAGAAGAAGGACAACAAGGACAGCAAGCCCAGCUAACUCUGCCAUUACUGCCAGAUCAAGAACAUGGCAACCCAAGCUACAAAGCAUCUCUGAGGCUGGAAGCUGAGUCAAUAAAAUCUGUAAACUGUACUGGAGAGUCAGAGAAGUAGACACCCAAGUCCAUGGCUAUGGACUUCCCCAUUGAUUCAACGCAGACCAUUGAUGGAAGCAAUCAAUUUGCUUCAGGAACUAGCACAGCAGUGUACUGCAACACUGUAUAGCUGAGGCUAAUGUCUCCAAAGUAGCUAGUUCUAAUUAAGUAAUGUUCUGUUAUUGAAACACAAUUAACUUCCCCCAUUUACAUAGAUCAAGGUGCUGGUUUGCACAACAUUAAUUUUCACUUCA